AUGUCAAAAGGCAAGGGGAGGGAGUCCUCCAGAAUAUCAAAUAAUAUCUACAGCCGUUUAUCGGACCCUAACGAUGAUGAAUCUAGAUUUAAAGUUAAGCUUGGUAAAUCCAGGAAAAAGCUUCGUAAGAUCCAGAGAAAGGAAGCAAAGAGAUUGAAACACCAAAAAAAACUCGAGUGGAUUCAAAGAAGGAAAAAUGCCAAUAAUAUAACUAAUAACUCUAAUAAAAAUGGAUCCAAGGCUGUAAAUAAUGAUAUUAAAGCACAAAAUAAUGGGUUGAAAUCCAUAUAUAAGUCUGAAUCAACAAAAGGAUUGAAAUCUGAAAAAAGGGUUAACUUUGAAAAAGAACGUGAAAUGAGACCUACUCCUGACGAUAUUGAAAUUGAGUAUUUAGAACGACAACUUCUAAAAAAUAAGGCGAACACCCAAGAUAAGAAUGAUGCUGGCAAAAAACGGGGUCGUAGAGUGGACGUAUUGCAGGAGUUGAAAUCAGAAUUCUUGAGGGACGGCUUUGAUGAGGACUUUUUAGACUUUCUGUCCAAUAUCACAACUAUCGCAGACGAGGAAAAUAUCUUAGAUAAUGAUAAGUUAUACCCUGAAAACAACACACUUGUAAAAUUACGAGACGACAGCCUUGAUGAACUUGAAGACGAGGAUGAUGAAGGUGAUGAAAUGGAAGAAGAUGAAUUGGAUGAACUUGAAGAAGAGGACGAGGUGGAAGAAUCUGAUGAUAAAGAUGAGGAGGAGCAAGAAGAAGAGUUGGAAUCUGAACAAGAACAGGAGGAAGAAGUAUUUGAUCCAUCGAAUGUUAUAAAGAAACAAAUAGGAAUGGUGAACAGAUUAUCAGAAGGUAAUUAUACAGUAAUCCUGAAUCAACUGUGUGAAAUGUAUUCAAAGAUAAUUUCAAAGGGGUCUGAAAACCAAAUUAUAAAUGAGUGUUUUGAUAACCUUUGUGACGUUGUGAUCACAAUGAUUAUAAAUGAAGUCAACGUGGUAAUUUCACUUGUGGCAACUCAGUCAGCAUUAAUCUGCUCAUUGACCAAUUAUUUCAACUCAACAAUUAUAAAAAGAUUUGUCUGCAAAUUGUUCAAAAAGCUUGAAAGCAACUUGGAGCUGAUGUUAAAGAGCGAAUCGAAAAAGAAAUUAACAGUAGAUGAGAACAAACUAGUAGUCAGGAAUAUCAUCAUAGCCAUCUGCUCAAUUUACUACUAUGAAGUGAUUGAUAUCGAUGUUAUUUUCCACCUAAUUAAGCUCUUGACAAGAAGACAUUUAAAUGAAGAUGUUUUACAGCUAUUACUGAUACUACUCAAAUACUCAGGACAAAGCAUAAAUAAGAACUCAGAGAUACUUGGGUAUUUGAACGACUUGGUGGAAAAGUAUAAGAAGGAGCAUGAAGAUUUUUCAAAUAGAGUGAAGUUUAUUGAGGAGGAGCUGAAAAGUAAUAAAAAGUCGAAGAACGUCCUGGAACAAUUUGACCAUUUAAAAAACAUGAUAAAGAGUAAGGUGAAUAUGGACAGAGUGACAAUCAACCUCGAGUCAAUCAUGAACUACAACAAUAUACCUGAUGAUGUUAAUGGAGUACUGGAGUUUGAAACAAAGAUUGUUGAGAAGAAGAAUAGUAAAAAGGAUGAAUUGAUUAAAAAAGCUACUAAAAUCGGAUUAAACAAAGAUAUACAGAAAACAAUCUUCAUCUCAAUCAUGGACGCGAUAAGCCCUGAAAACGCACUUGACAAUAUACUCAAAAUCAAACUUAAAACUCAACAAGUAUUUUAA